UAGAAUUACAAGAUAGGGCUUUUGGUUUUUUUCUCUUUUUACUUUAUUUUUUAACCCUGCCAGAGAGUGGCAAGUUAAUAAAGAUUGGAAAUCCACAGGAUUAAUUUGUGGCCUCCAGCUAAGCCAAAUAUUAGUCUUGUGUUUUGGGGGAAAUUCAUUUAACUUCUCUGAGCCUCAGUUUUAUCAAUUACAAAUUGGGAAGAAUAGCUCUCUGUCUCACAGAAAUAAUGAUAUAAAAGUGUUUUGUGAAAAUGCUACAUUUUUACAAAUGUCAGGUUUUCAGAUAUGUCUUUAAGAGUGUGUAAUUUUUCCUCUCCCUGAGUCUGAAGAUUCCUUUGUGUUUUGAUUCUGACUUUUCAAUGCCCUGCAGCGCACUUAGGGCACAGACUAAUUGGCAUAUUAUGAUUCUUCCUGACUCAUCCUUGUUCCCUCCCUCUUCUUUCUCACUGUCUUUCAUUUCCUGGGAUUGUGUUGCUACAUUAGAAGUAAGUCUGUCUCCUGAAAAGGGCAGUACAAGUCCACUGUGGGCACUGUCUUUAACCUUGAAUCAGAGGAGGAGGAAUACCCUGGAAUUGUUGCCGAAGAUAGCAAUGACAUUUAUAUCCUGCCCAGUGACAACUCUGGACAAGUCAGUCCUCCAGAGUCUCCUACUGUGACUACUUCUUGGCAGUCAGAGAGCUUACCUGUUUCACUGUCAGCCAGUCAGAGUUGGCACACAGAAAGCCUCCCAGUGUCCCUAGGUCCUGAGUCCUGGCAGCAGAUUGCAAUGGAUCCUGAAGAAGUCAAAAGCUUAGAUAGCAACGGGGCUGGAGAGAAGAGCGAGAACAACUCUUCUAAUUCUGACAUUGUGCAUGUGGAGAAAGAAGAAAUUCCUGAAAGCGUGGAAGAGGCUGCCGUGGCAUCUGUCAUCCUGCCAACCAAGGAGCUGCGGGAGGCGCUCCCGGAAGCACCAGCUCCCUUGCUUCCACAUACCACUGCCGCUUCCUUGCUGGAGAUGAGGGAGCCCGACACAGAAGGGAUGACAGUGGAGACAGUCAGCCCUGCUCCGUCUUCGUUCAUGGAACUUGCUGAAGAAGAGAACUUGCUGAAGACAAAAGCAGCAACGGUUGAAUCUGGUGAACUGGAAGAGGAGGUGACCCCCGCACUGGAACCCACAGCAACACUGCUGAGUGAAGAGGAGAUGCGUGUGAGGAGAGGCGGCCUUCGAGAAGGCCCCUCCCCUGCAGGAGAAGGGAAGGCCAUCCCGCUGUCUGAGGGCAAGUCUAUCCUGCUGUUUGGAGGGGCCGCCGCCAUCGCCAUGCUGGCAGUGGCAGUUGGGGUCGCCCUGGCUCUGAGAAAGAAAUAGCAGACUUUUCAGAAGAGAAAGGAACCAGAAAAGGGGUCAGGUUUUAGCUGUUCUGACUGAAGUUGAACCACCAACAGCUGACUUGGACAUUUGUGGAACACUCUGGGAUAAUGGGGGACUUCUGCUCAACAAGGCAGUAGAUUGAUCCACAUAGUAGGGCUUCGGGUAGAGAGCAUUCACGUUUGUCUGAUUUUAAGUCCCAAGGGCCGUGGCUCCUGCUAAAUUCGGAAUCUUAUGCGUCAAGCACUCCCUCUAGAACAGGGUUUCUCAACCUUGGCAUUAAUGACAUCAUGAUUAAUUCUUCGUUGUAGGAGGCUGUCCUUUGCACUGUAGGAUGUUUAGCAAGAUCCCUGGCCUCUACCCAUUAAAUACAAGUAGCACCCUUCCCCCGGUUGUGACAAUCAGAAAUGUCUCCUGACAUUGCCAAAUGUCCUCCGGGGGCAAAAUUGUUCCCGUGGAGAGCCACAGCUCCAGAGGGAAAGGGUUAAUUUAGGAGAAUCUGGGAUAGAAAUUCCCAGGCAAAAGGGCUUAGCUGUGGGCUCCUCAGCUACUGAUUUGUUCCUGCCCCUGGAAUUUCAUCUUUCCUGGUGAACAUGCUGCGUUUUGCAGCCAUUCCUCUGUGGCUCCUCUUUUCUUCCCCACCUUCUCGGUCCUGUAGCAUGAGGGUGCUCUCCCCUAUGUCUCAGCUGCCUCUCAGGUACUACACGGCUCCUCUUCACCCCCAGGUGCUUUAUAAGGCCCCAUGGGAGAGUGCUUGGUCCGCACCCGUUAAGUCCCUGAUGCUUCCUCCAGCUCCACCUUGUAAAGAUGUUGCCGUUAGUCAUCUUAAAAAAAAUAAAUAUAAAAGAGACCUAGGGUUCCCUGCCUGUGGAUGCGAGGGCAAGUAGCUGGCUAGAGAGCGGUAUUUGUCUCAUUUAUAAGCAGGAUGACUUAGAUGGACGAGUGUCUUCUGGCCCUUUUGUGUGUGGCCACCCUUCUGAGCUUAUGGUUAACUUGCUGGCAGCAUCUCUGUUGCUGGAUGGUCACUGUCUAUAAUCUGGGCUGUGUGUUUUCCCUUUAUCUGGCCUCAGUCUUCUUACUGGUCAACCAGCCUCUCUGCGGUCUCUUCCCAUGUGAUAAGGAUUUUCAUACUUGGGCUUACAGAGCAAUUGAAUCAUAACUCAAUAAGAGUUAUACAGAAAAUCUCCCUAAAUACCAUUGAAAUAAAAAGUAGGAAAAGAGAAGCUUGAAUUUCUUGAGGCUACCCUUGAGAUUCUAAUUUGGCUUUCAGAGUUCAAGAAUAAGACUUCUUCUUCCCUGAACUCUUUACAGUCCAAAUGCCAGAGUGAUAAACCAAAAUGAUUCUAAUCAGUAUGUGCUAGUUGAGAAUCAGCAUAACUUUCUUUCAUCUGGCUGAUCCCAUCCCUAAUGGGGGGGUGGGACUGUGUCUUUUCAUGAGUGAGGGUCAGUGUCACUAUGCAGGACACACAUGCUUGAAACAGGUCAUCUCAGAUUUAUCUCAGUAAAUGUAACAAAUUACUUUUUAGAUCCUGAAAUUUGUAAUAAAAUUACUUUACUAUCCUGAUCACCAAAACUUGAUGUUUUAAAUGUGCUUUCUUUUUUAAAUUUAUUUUUUUUAAAUGAAAUCUUCUCCCUAAAGCAAUACUAUUUAAAAGUUGGUCGAGGAAAGGUCUGAAGUGUGUUUGUCUGUUCAGUUUUAUCAUGCAAUGUGUUUUUAUGUUCUGAGUUUUAGUGUCUUAGGGAGUGAUAUUUUUUAAGGGUUUUGGUGCACUUUGAUUAGGAUAGCUAGAAGUGAGCGGGGGGAAAUGGGAUUAAUGCAGUAAAGAUUAUUUUCCUCCUUGGACUCUGACAGUUGGCUCAGACAUUGGGUUACUCUGUAUUCUAAUUGCUACUUUUGUGUUUGCAUAGGGUAAGAGCAAACUGGUGAGCUAUCUUGAUUUUUUUUUUUCUUUUAUAAUAAAAUUUUUUCCUUCCAA